AUGAACAACCAAGGCCAGCCUGGCCAGCCGAACCCGAUGGCCAGUCAACCUGUGCCAGGGACACGGGCGCCCCCCAUGUAUCGACCCGAGAUGAUGCGAAACCUCCCUAUUCUGAAUGACGAGGAGAAAGCCAAGUACGAGCGCGGCCUACGCCAGCUUUGGAACCAUUACGAGACGCACCCCGAAGAUUCGGCUCAACACCAGGAUGCGAAAAAGAAGAUCCAGGACUUCACCAAAAUGCUGCUGAAUAAGUUGCAGCAACGGAGAAUGCAGGUCCAACAACAGCAACAGGCCCAGCAGCAGCAGACUGCUCAGCCUGCCCAACAGCAGAAUCAGCCCGCCCAGGCACAGGCACCAACGCCUCAGCAGCAGCCGCAACAACUCCCCCAGCAGCCGCAGGCACAGACACAGGCGCAGGCACAAGCCCCGGCUGCGGCUCCAGCUGCGAACCAGAACGCCGGUGGUGCUGCGAUCAAGACUGAGCCAAAGCCCGAAGGCACCCCAUCGACAGCCGCUGAGCCUGCACAUGCUCCCACGCCUGCCCCUGCCCCCGCCCCCGCCGCCGCGCCGACUCCUGCUCCCGCCCAUCAGGCUCCUCAGACGACCCAGUUUCCAGAGCACAUCCUUGCGCAUAUUCGACAGAUGACUUUCAACCCUCCAAUGUCGAUUUCUGAUAAGGGCCCCGAAGCGGUCACACGCUGGUCCAACGACUUCAAGGCGAAGUAUCUUCGAGCCCUGAUGCAGAUGGAUCAGCAGGGAACACAGAUGAAGCGCAUCGAUGCCGUCAUCAAAGACAGACAGGACAAGGGCAACCCAUACAACGCCGAGGAGAUUAAGCAGCUGCAGAUCCGACGCGAUCACGCCCAGAAGAUGUAUACCGAGGCGCACAAGUUUGUUGACAACUUCCGUAAGAGUCAGGACACGAUCAACAAGCAGCGCGCUGCCGCUGGUCAACCUGCUGGUCCCCAGGCGGCUGCUCGACCUCAGCAACAGCAACAACCAGCGCAGCAGCAGCAGCAGCAGACUCCCCAGCAACAGGCACAGCAGCAACAGCAGCAGCAGCCUAGCCCAGCUGUGGCGGCUGCGCAAACUCCUGCUACGCAGGCAGGAGCCCAACCGAGCCCCGUGCCUGCCGCGGUAGGAACCCCCGCGAUGCAAAAUUCUCAGACAACUUCGGCGGUGAAUGCAGCUAUCGAGGCUGCCAAAAACCAACAGAUGGCGGCUGCGGCGGCCGGACGAGGCACUCCUCCUCAACAGCAGCAGGCACACCAAGUCCAGCAACAACAACAGCAGCAGCAGCAGCAACAGCAACAACAAGCCCACGCUCCUACUCCGUCCGCGCCUGCCCAGACCCCGACUCCAUCUCAGCCUAUUCAACCACAACAGCCUGUGUCUGCACAGCAGCAACAACAACAACCCAUGGGUGCUCAAGGUCAUCAACAACCUCAUCCUCCUCCUGUCAAUACUGCCAUCGCUUCAGUUUCUGCAGGAGGUGGUCUUCCUUCGGCAGGUACACCCACUCAAAACCGUGUCGCGACUCCCCAAUCCGCCAUCCCCGCUGGACCUGGCCAGGCUCUUAGCCACUCUGCCGCCGUUUCGCGCGCCAACCAACGCGUCAACUCUCUACCCACUCCUAUGCCCGCUCAACAACAACAGCCCGCCCAAGCUCCUGGAUCCGCCGGCCCUCAGAACGUGAUGGGCUCUGGGGCUGUUCCUCACCAGCAGCACGCCCAUCCGACCCAGCCUACUCAAACUCUUCAGUCUAAGCUGCCGAUUCCCAAGCAACUUCCUGAAAAGGCCACUGCUGUUCCCCAGCCUGUUGCGAUGAGUGGUGGUGCUGGGGCCGGUCGUCCCACAUACACCGGUGGCGGCGGUAUCGCUGGAGGUGUUAUGGGCCAACCUGCGAUGGCUAAGAUUCCUGCCUACGUGCACGAGGCUGAAGGUGACCACGUUCUCAGCAAGAAGAAAUUAGACGAGCUUGUCCGACAGGUUUGCGGUGGAAGCGGCGAAAGUCAGGAUCCUAAUUUACUGACUCCCGAGGUCGAAGAGAGCGUCUUGACCAUGGCUGAUAGCUUCGUCGACAACGUUUUGGAGACCGCUUGCCGCAACGCCAAGGAACGCGGCUCCAAGGUUCUUGAAAUCCGCGACAUCCAGCUUGUCCUUGAACGGACCUACAAUAUCCGUGUUCCUGGCUACUCUUCUGACGAAUUGCGCACCGUUCGCAAGAUCCAGCCCUCGACCGCAUGGAUUACUAAGAUGAGUGCCAUCCAAGCUGCCAAGGUUACCUCUGGCAAGGGCGAGUAG